AUGGCCUCGCCGCAGCCCUCUGGCAGCUUUCGCGGCCUCACGGCCUCAAAGGCUGUCAAGAACAAUGUGGUGCUCCGGAUAGCCUACGUCUCUGAGCGAGAGGGCAAGCUCUUCAUUGCUGGCCCUCGGCUCGCGUUGGCCUUAGCCCUGGGCGUCUUGAUUUGGGAGUUUUACGUGAAGCUAAAAGACGACCCCAACCUGCUGCUCAAGGAUAACACAUACCCUGCCGUGUGCGCUCCGCUGGCGGCACUCUGUGUGGCAGCCAUCCUGGCCACGCUGGGGCUGCUGUGCAAGCGCCUGCUGUGGUCGCGGGCCAAUGGCUGGCGCUGGACCUCCAAGCAGAGAGCCUCAGUGACCUUCACCACCGUGGCUCUCUGCCUGCAACUCGUCGGCGCCUCAUCCUUCCUCUUCAACAUGAUCUGGAUCUGGGUCAGGCUGUGCUCCUGGUUUGACACCCCAGUCAGCGUGAUGGCGGGGCUGCAGGACAUCACCCUCAGCACGCUCUUCCUGCUGAACAUCGCCCAGGCCUCGCGCCUGCUGCCCGAGGGCGCCUGGGGGUCGCUGCUGCAGGAGCUGCGCGGGCGCCUGGGGCGCAAGGGAGGCAAGGGCAAGGGAGCCAGCAGCGGUGCCGCCCUCAAGGCAGGCGGCAGCGCCGACGAGCCUGCUGGGCUGCCAUCCACAGACGACGAAGACGCCGGCGCCACCCACCACCUGCUUGAGCGCGUGGCCCACUGGGGCGUGCCUCUGCUGGCCCUGCUGCUGCUGUGGGUGCCCACCCAGGCGGUCAUCGGCCUGCUCAUGGAUGAGACCAUCAACAACAGCCAGAGCGGCUGGGAGGGCUGGUACUGCGCCGAUCUGUAUGACCCCGCCUGCUGGCCCACCAAGGGCUGGAAGUGCGACAACAUCUACAACGCCGCCUGCUGGCCCACGCCAGACACCUGCAGGGAGUGGGAUUGGCAGUGCAAGCCGGACUCGCGGGUGACCAACGUGACAUGGGCGCUGGGUGCCAUGAUGAACAUAAUGAGCCUGGCGUUCCUGCUGCUCAUGUGGCUGGCGCUGCACCAGCUGGGGCAGCGGGCGUACUACGAAUACCGCAUCCAAAACCUGGCGGCCCGCCUGGCGCUGCGCACCCGCGUGCCGACCUAUGUGCUGUACACCAUCAACCUCCUGUUCUGCUGGUACAUCCGCCUUGGCACCUGCACCUCCUACCUGACCACCUGGAUUGCGAUGACGGCCACAGUGGUGGUGGAGAGCCUGCUCUUCAUGCCCAGCCUGCCCGACGAGGGCGCCACCAAGCUGCACGACAGCCUGCAGCAGUUUGCGUGGACGGAGCGGGGGGUGGCGCCGCUGGUGCGCCGCCGCGGCUUCCCCGCCGAGCCCUGCUUCUGCUUCGAGACCGCGCUCAAGGCGGCCUACGCGGCCCUGCACGUCUACCGCCACUUCAGGCCCGACAGCACCGAGACCUCCAUCUCCACGGCGCUCGCCCUCUUUGGCGCCACCCACUACGAGUGGCUGCGAGAGCCGCGCCACGACUCCAACUGCCUGCUGAUGUGGGGGCCGCGCUGCCUGGUCAUCGCCUUCAGGGGCACCAGCUCCGCAGCAAACAUCAAGGCAGACCUGAAGGCCUGGCGCACCCCGCACCCGCCCAAGCGCGGCUCCUUCUGGCUUGGCGAGAUGCCGCUGUGCCACCUGGGCUUUGUGCUGGGGCGCAUCCGGGAAAUCCUGGAGGGCCGGCCGCACUCCGGUAUGGAGGCCGGCCCGGCCACCAUCGACCGCUGCUGCGGCAGCGACGAUGACAGCGGCGCGGCUGGCUGCGGCGGCGGCGUUGUGGAGGAGGACGGCACUGGCGGCGCCGCCCGGCCGGCGGCGGUCAAGGGCGAGGCGCCCUUCCGCAUCCUGCUGGCCGGCCACUCCCUGGGCGGCGCCAUGUCGCACCUGUGUGGCAUCGACUUGGCCCGCGCCCUGCCCGGCUGGGGAUUCCAAGUGGCUCCUGCCGCGCUGCCCCUCUCCGAGGCGGCCGCAGAGGCGGGGCCCACCGUCAGCCUGAGCACCUACACCUUUGGCGCGCCCCGCACCGGCAACCGAGCCUUUGCCAAGGACUAUGCAGCCCACAUGCCCGACUGCUGGUCCAUCAUCAACGGCCAGGACGCUGUGGCCAACCAGGCCAAGUUCCUGGUGCUGUUCAAGCGCCCCGGCAAGCCCGUGCUGCUCAGCCGGCGCGGCGACCUCAUCGUGCGGCCCAGCACCCUGGAGCACACCGCGCACCGCACCUCGGGCACCAGCCUGAAGCAGCACAUGCUGUUUGGCUCCUACUGCCCCUCGCUGGCGGCCGCGCUGCGGGCGCAGCUGACCAACAAGCCGAUGCCGGGGGGGCAGGAGGCGCUGGAGCACCUGCGGGAGUCGGAGGCCAUGGUGCAGCUGCUGGAGCGCAUGCUGGGCCUGGCGGGGCCUGACGGCACGAUGGACAAGCCGCUGGACUCCAGCGACAAGUUGGAGGCUGUGAAGAGCGAUGAGCUGGAGGUGGACUAG